UCACAGUGUUGUUCACCACUCGCCCGGUGCCGCGCUCAAUCGCGCCGUCGUGCCACAUAGGCAUAGCAAACACGGCGCGUCAAGCGUGGGGCACGCAAGAACGCCGGUUUGACCGCGAACGCAUCAUAAGUGCGUCUCAAGACACACUUGGAUGGACGGGAAAGGCCCAGGGACGCGUCAAAAGCGUCCGCGUUUGGGAACACAAUGGAUGGGCAAGCAUGGUGCGUACACCAAUUUCCGAGUGUGCAGCAGACAAACUGUCUGCUCGCCUGGUUCCUUAUUGAAGUCAUUCGCCUCGUUGCCCGCCCGCCCGCUCGUCCGCCCUCUCUCCUGCUUUCCCGCCUGCUCUCCAGCUUGCCAACUCUCUCGCUCACUUGCUGACUUGCCCACCCGUCGACUUGCACGCUUACUCGCCUGCCCGUUCUCUCAAGUGUACCCGUCUCUUGCGCAUUCUCUUACCUGGUGCCUCCCGCUCUCUCCCCCGUUCUCUCUCGCUCGCGUGCCCACUCUCUCCCGCGGUCUCUCUUGCCUGCGCACCCGGUCCCCUGCCUAGCCCAUCAUACCCGUUCUGCCUCGCGCACCUGUACUCCCUUGCGCACACAUCUGUUCCUCGUUGAUUGUGUCUGCUCUGCAGUGGUCACUCCCUUGGUCUUGCUUGUUUGCUGCCCGCUGCUGCUCGCCUGCGUGCUUGUUGUCCGCUCGCCCUGCCUGCCCAUUCACUU